UGCUUUUCGUUAAAAAAAACCUGGGGCUCAAGGUAAAGAUCUUUCAUUGGGACCGUGAAUAGUUUUGAAUAUCACUAGUACUUGUUUUACAAGGCUAAAUCGGACAUUCAAAUGAAUAAUCUGGAAACUGGGUUUAUAGCCAAGGUCGCUGAAGAGGAUUUAGCAGAUUUAGGAAAAGGACCAGUGGACAGUAAAUUAAAUCAUGCUAAAGGUUUAGAAAGUGAAAAACAUCUGGCAAGCACUGAUGUGGAAAAGAAAGAAUGCCAGGAACAUAAUAAUGGGAUUGCCUCCUUUGGAAUGUCAGUGUUUAACUUGAGCAAUGCAAUCAUUGGUAGUGGGCUUCUGGGCUUAUCGUAUGCAAUGGCCAACACGGGAAUUGUGCUGUUUGUGAUUCUAUUAAUUGGAGUAAUGCUGUUGUCUCUGUAUUCUAUUCACCUUUUGCUGAAUAUUUCAACAAUAACAGGUUCCAUGGUCUAUGAAACACUGGGAGAAAAAGCAUUUGGCAAACCUGGAAAGUUUAUUGUCUUUGGAGCUACAUCGCUACAGAACACUGGGGCCAUCCUGAGUUACCUAUUCAUAGUGAAAAAUGAACUACCAUUUGUCAUCAAGUCCUUCGUAGACGUGAAUUCCCAGGAAUGGUAUCUGAAUGGCAGCUAUCUCAUCAUAAUUGUGACACUGGUCAUCAUUUUACCCUUGUGCCUCUUCAAGAACUUAGGCUAUCUUGGAUACACCAGCGGAUUUUCACUUGCUUGUAUGAUUUUCUUUCUGAUCGUAGUUAUCUGGAAAAAAACAGAGAUUCCUUGUCCUUUUACAGUAUCUAAUUCAUCCUGCAUUUCCGAUGGAGUUAAGUGCAACGCCAAGUAUUUUGUCCUCAAUGAGAAGACUGUAUAUGCAUUACCCACUAUGGCCUUUGCUUUUGUGUGCCAACCAUCAUUGCUGCCCAUCUACAGUGAACUUAAAAAUCGAACAAGCAGAAGAAUGAAGAAAGUUUCAAACAUUUCAGUCUUUGCAAUGUUCAUCAUGUACCUGUUGACAGCGAUUUUUGGAUAUCUAACUUUCUACGAUGAUGUUAACUCAGAGCUGCUUUGCUCCUAUUCUGAUAAGAGAGACCAAACCAUAUUAAUCGUUCGUUUGGCUGUGAUAACAGCAGUAAUACUGACUGUGCCCGUCCUGCUGUUUACUAUCCGCUCAUCAAUACUUCUGAUAGCAUUGAAAGGAAAGUUCAGCUGGUUCUGGCACAUUAUUACCACCUUAGUCCUUCUGAUUGCCUGUAACGUUUUGGUGAUAUUAAUUCCAUCAAUAAAGGAUGUUUUUGCUGUGAUUGGGUCCUCUUCUGCUAAUAUGCUAAUCUUCAUUAUUCCUGCUUCAUUAUACUUAAAGCUGGCAAAGGAUGAGACAGUUUUUACACUGCGAAAGAUGGGGACUGUAUUAUUUCUGAUUGCUGGAAUAAUAUUUAUGCUGGUGAACUUGCCAUUGAUUAUUAUUGAGUGGACUCAUCGAGACUCCAAUACUACUACCACAGAGAGCUGCACUAAGGAAUUGUAGUUGUAGCAGAAUGAAGAACAUGACUUCGCUUUCCACUUUCCGCAGCAUAGAAGUCUUUAAAGAAUUAUUGUCCUUGAGACGUAGUGGGAUGUUUGAGAGAUUGCUGGACACAAACAAGUAUUCAUUUGAUAAUCAAAGACGGUCGUGUUUUUUUUUAAAAAAUUAAGACUCUUGCAGUUGUUUUUACAAAAGUAUUUCUAGAUAGUGUUGGAUCAUUUUGAUAAUACACUUUCAUAAGUGGUUGUCAGAUUGCAUAUUUUUUAAUUUCCUAAUGUUUCUCUGUCAUUUAAAAAAAACCUUGCAGUAAACUGCCUAGAAUGCUAAAGAUUCCUGGCAAUCUUGGCUGGAAAUUCUUAUACAAAGUCAUUGAAAGGAACGUUCCACUUAUUUGCUCUGCAAAUGUUUGGGAUUUCUGACCAGAAAUGGAUUUUGUUAAUAGUGAUAGUAUUUGUCAAGAACAUUUCAUUGUGGUAUCUCAUUGUAAGAUUGAUCAUGUAAACUUUAGUAAGAAUUCACAGGAUUAUCAAUACUUAAAAUAAAACUUAGCUCACUUGAAAAAUGCAUGUAGUUAAUGAGAAUUCCAAUAUCAGCAUGCAUUAUCACAUAAUACAAUUAUUGUCGUCCCCAAUGAGUUUAGCAUUUGAACUUAAUCAGUUUUUAAACCAAAACAAACUUAUUUUAUUUAAAUGUAAGACAUACUUUUGUAAAUAUUCAUUCAGUUGUUCUUUUAAAAUGCUUGAUCCACAUUGAUCAGUUUUGAAAGGUCAGAAUUCUGAAUUACCAAUAAAUAAUUUGUAUUUUAAAAUAACAUUUGUGUCUAUGUCAAGAUUGAUAAUUCUCUUCUGAAGUUGUGCUUUGAUCAAUGGGUGACAUCAAUCAUACUAUGUUGUGUUUAAUUAGGAGGAACCAGCAAUGCAAAAUCAAUGACACUUUCUCCCCCCCACCACAACCACUUUAACAAUUGUACAUAACAACAAUUAACUUGGAUUACAGAAUUUAAGUUAUUGAAGUUCAUAAUGAAUACAACUUUAUUGACCAUUCACAAUAGAUAUUUUGUUGAAAGAGCUCCAUUUAGUGAUAUUGCACAAUAAAUGUACAUUUUUACUGAGAAAAUAAAUGCUGCUGGUUAGCAAAACAUCUGUAAAAGGAGCUGGAAUGGGAUGCUUCUUGAUGAUACAGCUGUUUAUUCAACAGAAAAUAUCACAAAUGCCAACUGUGUAGAAUGUGAGUCUGUGUGGGAUGUGAUUGCAGCUGUUUGUCUUUGAAUCCUUACAUCGUUUUAAAAUGUUUUAAAUUGUUCUGUUCUUACUUUUGAUUCUUUUGAUCUAUUAGUUAAGUCUAGUUUGUUUUGGCUGUCUAUAUGAAAUUGACCUGUCUUGAAGAGACUAUUUCAGGUAUUUAAAUAUGGCAUGCGCAAUAACUCUGUGUAGUUGGGAGGAUCUGAUAACAUUUCUGUUUUUGAUGUAUUCGAUAAAAGGAAAUCUAUCGGGACCAUCAAAGGCUGGUUCCCCUCUCACACCCCACAUAUUGGGGUAUGAGAAGGGAACAUCUCCCAUCGUGUCUUAAUCAAAUUAGUUUACAGCAGAAUCUGUCCAGAGAAAGGGAGAAGUUCAAACACAACUAAGAGGAAAAACAGCUGUUUGCAGUGUUCAGGGGCGGCUGGGAGCUGGACACCAGCUCAGAAUGAAGGAGUGGUUCAUUCCAUCUAAGAAACAGCAUAGUUAACUCUGGUACUGUUGAAGUGCAGUUACAAAGGGCUGUAUUAUUUUUUUUGUCAUGUUCCUUUGUCUGCAAAAUAAAGAUCUGCUUUAAA